UCUGCUCCGUUUAGCACCUUUAAAUACUGCCAGCAAAUGGAACCAGAAGCUUCUUAAUGCUAGCUCACAUCUAGCAUCUGGCAGACUCAAUUGCCUUCUUGUUAGAGCGGAGUUAUCGCGCAAAAAACAGUCCCCCUCAAGAGAAGACCAGUAAAGCAGAUCCCUCCACAAGCUCGUGAGUGAAUCAUUUGUUAAUCAUCUUUCUCAGCCCGGUCCGACAAACGUCCAGUUAAGUGGCCUCAGUAACACGCGACCAGGCGUACCCUUAACAACGGCCAUCUCGUCAACGAGUGAUCGCGUGUGAUCGUUGUCCAAUAGAGCAGUAAUAGUGUCUUAUCACAAACACUAUCCACGGCCAGCCACGCAGUUGUUUGUGUGGAGUCAGUGCGUCUGUGCAGUCGGUGAAGAUGGGCAAGUACUUCGUAAUGAUCACAAUCGGCGUGCUUUUCGCGGCCGGCAGUUGUACGGUGUUGCCUCAAACGGUGGGUUCGGUUGGUGGAGUGGUCAUAACGAGACCGCACACAGACGGUGAGCUGUUUCCGCUUACACUAAUCCAUCUGAACGACUUCCAUGCUCGGUUUGAGGAGACGAACAUAGCGUCAACGCGUUGCAAACCGGACGAAGGUGAACGAUGCAUCGGAGGCUACGCUCGAGUGGUGGCACGUGUGAAAGCUCUGCAGCAGGAGUACGCCGAUCGGAACCCUAUCUAUCUGAAUGCGGGUGACAACUUCCAGGGUACGCUGUGGUACUCGCUGCUGCGGUGGAAUGUGACGGCACUCUUUCUGAACAUGCUGCCCGCGGACGUGAUGACACUCGGGAACCAUGAGUUCGAGCAUGGAAUAGGUGGUUUGGUGCCGUUCCUCGAUGUGAUCCGAAGUCCCGUAGUGGUGGCCAACAUUGACGAUCGCGAUGAGCCGACGAUGCAAGGCAAGUACACGAAAAGUGUGGUGCUUGAUCGGGGUGGACGUAAAAUCGGUGUGAUUGGCGUUAUUCAUCAUCUGACCAAUGCGAUGGGCAUGACGGAGCGGUUGCGUUUUCUGGACGAAGUGGAACAACUACGGUUGGAGAUCGAUCGCUUGAAGACUUCCGGUGUCCAGCAUAUAAUUGUACUAUCCCAUUGCGGGUUGGAGAUCGAUCGUACUAUUGCUCGCGAGCUGCCAGAUGUGGACGUGGUCGUUGGAGGUCAUUCACAUACGUUCCUGUACAAUGGCAGUACUGAAGGGUUCCCCGACGACGCUGAAGAUUCGUACCCGAUUGUGGUAGAACAUCCCGAAGGUCGUACCACUCUGAUUGUACAGGCGGCGUCGUACGCGAAGUACGUUGGCCGGAUAACGCUAUACUUCGACGAGGAAGGUAACGUGCGAGAAUGGGAAGGUAAUCCAGAGUUUCUCGACGACACGGUACCACAAGAUCCAGAAGUUUUGGAACAGUUAGUUCCAUGGCGGGAACAGGUGAACGUGCAGGCCAAUCGUCAGAUCGGUUACUCAGCCGUGAUGCUCGCGAAACCGGAAUGUUCGCGUGGUGAGUGCAACUUUGGCAACUUCAUUACGGACGGUUACAUCGAUUACUUCGCAACGGAAGGGCAAAAGUCUCCAAAGCCGGACCAGUGGACGGAGGUGGCGAUCGCGUUCAAUACGGGUGGCGGUAUGAGAACGUCACUGUUUGCGGGAUCUCUUACGUUCGAUGAGCUGGUGACGGCCGUCCCGUUUGAAGAUACGAUUGACAGCUUUGAUUUGGAGGGCCGGUAUCUGCUCGAGGUGCUGGAGCACAGUGCUAGCCGAUACGGCACGUCCGAUAUGAUGCAGAUGUCGGGAAUGAAGGUGACGUAUGAUUUGCGCCGUCCGGCCGGGAGCCGAGUUGUCUCGGUGAGCUUAAGAUGUCGUUUUUGUUCGGUGCCGAAGUAUGAACCGCUCGAUCCGGAGAAGAUUUAUCGGGUGGCAACCGGUGCGUACAUACGGAAGGGUGGUAGCGGCUACACGAUGAUUCCGCAGAGGGCCACCAAUUUGAUGAUUGGCCCAGUUGAUAUUGCCGUGCUGGAGCGCUACGUAAGCAAGAUGACACCCAUCAUUAGCGGUACCGAUGGACGCAUUACCGUUAUCGAGUGAAUAAAGGGCAGAACUUUGAAUUUGGAUCUGAAAA